AUGUUUUCAUACAUACACACGGAAACAGAAAAAGAAGCUGAAGCAACAAGAAAAAGAAUCAAGCAAGUCUUUUAUUUGGGUCUUGCUCAUUGUACAUUACCUAAGAUGCCAUUAACUUUUCACCUUCAACCUCAAGAAGCAAAAUCACUACCUUCAUAUUCUGAUAAAGCCCUUUUACCUUCCUCCAUACUUUCUAAAAUUGUGGAUACGUAUGAUACGCUUCCCCGACCCCUUAUAUUUAAGGCUAUAAGUCCAUCACUGGACAAUUUGACUAAGACCAAGACUACAUAUAUUGGUGUUAGGGAGUUUACCCUGGAUGAAGAUACCAUUGGCUUACCACGAACGAUAUAUGAUAAGUUGCAGAUUAGUGAUGACGAUGAAGAUGACGAUACUAUAAGCAUAGAAUUGAUGGAGAGUAUACCCAAAUGUACACUGCUAAAGCUUAAACCUCGAUACUUUUAUAGUGAAGUACCCAAUUGGAAGUUCUUCCUCGAAGAUAAGUUAGUGAAAAGUUAUACGAUUUUAACAGAAGGUGAAGUCUUAUUUAUAGAGCAUAAUGGCUUAAGGAUAGAGUUAACUGUGGAGAAGAUGAAUGCAAAGGUGUGUUCCAUUGUGGACACUGAUGUCGUAUUAGAAGUUGUACCUUUGGAUAAUAUGACUGCUGCUCAACAAUUGGAGUUUAAUAAACAAGAAGAGGCUGAAGUAGAAAUUUCCAGCAGUUCUUCAAUAGUGGUGGACAAUUUGAAGCCUUUAUUGGGAAAUGUACCAGAGAAAGCAAGAGUUUUCAAACUUGAUAUCACCAAAUUUAAAGGUGAUAACCCUAUUGUUGUUGCAUUACAUAAUUUGGAAACGAGUGAUGAUCUGUUUGAGUCUUUGGUAAAUAUUGAUUUAGUAUGUGGAUUGGAUCGUUUUGUUGGGUUGGAAGACUUUUCGUAUACUACGAUGAAGGACGACUUUGAUCUUCAAGGUAAAGAGGACGUCAAGUCCAAGCAGAUUGCUGUUGAUUUAAACAGUGAUUUGAUAAAGAAUAAAUUGGCAAAGAAAAGCAAUGAAGAUGAUACAAUUCUUGAUAAGUAUAUUUAUUUGGUUCCCUUUUGUUGGGAAAAACCAACAUCAGUUGUCUUAUCGAUAAUACAAGACAAUGAAGACGCAAAACCAUCACCAGGAAAUAAUUCUUCAGUAGAUACUAAGCAAUGCUACAAUUGUAUGAAAUACAUUGCCAAAUCAAAGUUCAGUCUACACGAGGCUUUCUGUCUAAGAAAUAUCAAGAAAUGUAUUUGUGGACAGACAUUUCUUAAAGAGAUUCCUCUGACUCAUUGGCAUUGUCCUCAUGAUGAUGAUACAUAUGGAAAUGGACAACUUAUGAGGUUCAAGCAUGAACGAUUGGACCACCAUAUUUAUCAAUGUUGUGGUACUCAGUUUAAAAACUUUAUUGAAAUGGUAACUACCCAUAAAGCUACUGUUUGUCAGUUGAAGUUACAUGAAUGUAAGUUUUGUCAUCUUGUACUACCUCAAGGUGAAACUACUUAUAAAGAUAGAUUUGAGAACUUAACUAACCAUGAGAAUACUUGUGGUAAUAGAACUACCGAAUGCUACCUUUGCAAUCAAGUGUUGCGAUUGAAAGAUUUACCCAAACAUCUUGGUAUGCACGAACUAGAGAAGAAGGAAAAGGUAUCAUUGCAUAAAAGUAACUUCCUCAAAUGCUGCAAUGUUAAUUGCAUGAAAUUACUUGAUAUUCAUAAUCUCAAUGAGCUUAAGCUUUGUGGGGUUUGCUAUGGACCUUUGUAUAUGACUCAAGAUGACCCUACAAAGAUCAAACUUCAAGGUCGGAUCGAGAGAAGAUAUGUAAUGCAACUUUCACGAGGUUGUGGUAACCUGUGGUGUGAUAAUGAGUAUUGUUUGACAGCACAGAAGAACGGUUCAAUUGGAAAGAUGACCAUGAAGGAGAAAUUAGAGAUGGUUCAAAAUUUAUUAACCAAUAUCAAUGUUCCUGUAUUACCUAUAAACAAAGCUCUACACCAACAGGAGAGCUGCAAUACUUUUUGGUUCUGUGUUAGUCAGACAGUUCUGAUGAAAAAGGUAUUGAUUGAAAUGCUUAUAUCCGAAUGUGAAUACGACAUGGAGAUCAUCUAUAAAGCCGCUAAUGAAUGCAGUAGUAAUGAAGAAGAUAUUCGAAUGUGGCUCAGACUUCAUGGUGUUCGUGUAAAACUCACCGAGGAUGAUCAUUUCUUAUCGGGAGCGAAGAUCACGUGA